UUCUAUGUCACAUUCCAAACCUGUAGUUUAGAAUAACUUCAUCAGAAAUGUCUCUUGUUAGCUGCUCUCGGUGUGUGGGUGUGUCCCUCGUUUCCAUGGCAGUUGUGUGCAUAUUGGCCAAUGGGCUGUUGCUGUUCCCAGAUCUUCAGGCACGCUACCUGUUAGAGGGUCACGUGACGAGGGAGGCAAGGUGGGGCACAGGCCUGUGGGCCUCUGGAUUCUUGGUUGUUAUUGGGGCUCGAGGUUUUAUCAUUGGCAGCUCAAAAAAAGGCCCCUGUGCAUACAGGAUAGAGAUGCUGUGCCAGGUCGGUUGUUCCUGUGUGGCCCUGGCUGCUGCUGCCUUCUCUUGCCUAGUGAGUGCUAUAGGAUUGGUACAUGGACCACUGUGUCUGCACAAUGGCACACAAGGCUUAGCCUGGGAUGUGCCACUCAAACAACAGACAAGUGGUGAUCCAAUCUACCUAUAUGAUAGGAAAUUGUGGGCGUCGGCCUGUGUGGAGCCCCGGAACAUUGUUCAGUGGAACGUAGCGCUAUUUUGUGUUCUAAUGGCCACCAGUGGACUACAAGCCCUUGUUUGUGCUGCACAUGCAAUAAAUGCUAUACUGGGAAUAAUAUUUGGGCCAAGCUUCUGCAAAAACAAGGUCAGUCCAGUUUGAGGACAUCACCCAGGAACAAGGGCCUCCCAAAUAAAGCACUUUAGUUACAGUAGAAGCGCUCACAAGGUUUGUUAGAUUUGCCCCUAGAUGCUGAUUUUAGGUCAUUUUAUUAUAUUUAUUGUUAAUAGAUAAGGUUUGAAUGUGGGUAGGUUAUCUGUUUCAUGACAUGUACCUAAAGGCAACCUCUAUCACAGCUAGAUGUUGGAUCAAGUUCCUGCCAUAUGAUAGCAACAGUUUUUCAAUAAUGUAUAUGCUUUUUUGCGCUGUAAAGAUGUUACUUCAAACAGAAUUUUUUUUUAUAUAUUAUUGCACAUUUGAUAGAACAUUUAUUUACCACAUUGCUGAAUGCUUUUUUUAAACAACACAAAUAGAGUAACAAAUGUAACUGUAAGAUGACCAAUGACAAUAUUUCAAUUUGCAGAUCUCAGCUAGAAGAGAGACAUUUGUUUUCCAUUAUUAUAAUUAUAUUUUGAUUAUGUUAGAUUCUGUCCAUGAACAAAAUCAUAACACUGGAAGUCAUCUUAGACUCAUGCUAACUUUAUGUUCUCCAAUAAUUACAAAGUUAGUCUUUUAUGCCAGAACACAUAGGAGGUGGUCGGCCAACCAUUACAUAGUUUAUUACCAUAAUCUCCCAUGUAUAUAAAAAAAAACAUCUUGAAGUUGUUUACUUAGUAUAUACCAUUUAGUUUAAAUGGAAGGCAGGUCUCUACACUUUGUUUAAAAGUUGCCACUGAUUUUGUUGAGAGUAUGAAUAUGUUAUUAAUGCAAAUAUUUAUCAUGUACAUAGUGUGUACUAUUCAUUUAAAGAACCAGUCCAGCUGUU